AUGACACAUGGGACUGCAAGUCCAACGGCUUUUAUGCCCCGUCGAUUGAGAGUAGUUGUUAUUGGCGCCGGAAUAUCCGGAAUCGAAAUAGCGCACGAUCUCACCUCACGAAUGAGAAACAUAGAUCUGAAGAUCUAUGACAAGAACGAAGGCGCCGGGGGCACCUGGUUCGAGAAUCGGUACCCAGGGUGCGCCUGCGAUGUUCCAUCCCAUGGGUAUCAUUAUAGUUGGGCGCCAAAUCCCCGCUGGUCCACGCUAUAUGCCUCCGCGCCUGAGAUAUGCGCCUAUUUAGACUCGGUGAUUGCCGACCAUGGGCUGGCGAAGUACAUUCGGCUUCAACAACGAUGCGUGUCUGCGACAUGGGAUGAGAGAACCUCGUCCUGGAUCACCACGUUCAAGCAUGAGACUACCCAGGAAGAGACCGUCGUCGAGGCGGAUGUCUUAGUCUAUGCUGUUGGACGGCUGAAUAAUUACAAACUCCCAGACUUUCACGGGAGGGCUGGAUUUCGCGGCGAUAUUUGCCAUACAGCGUGUUGGCCAAAGGGCCUAGUAGUGUCGGGAAAACGAGUUGCUGUUCUGGGAAACGGCUCCAGUGGAAUGCAAUGCGUCGGUGCCCUGCAGUAUGGCGCAGACGCUGCAGAGCUGAUCAACUUCUGUCGAAGCCAAACGUGGGCUGGUCCUGGGCUUUUCGACGAGAAUAAAAGGUUCACGGAGGAAGAGAAGCUUGAGUUUACGAAUAACCCCGACUUGUAUCACAAGUAUCGCACCCAGCUCGAGCGGCAGAUCGCAUCCGCUUUCCGUGUGCUGUGGAAGAAUACCCCAGCACAUCACGAAAUGCGAGCACGGGUGGAGUCUUACUACGAUCACAAAAUCCAGGAUCCGAGCCUCCGAAGAAUGCUCCAGCCAGACUUUGCCCCAGCGUGUCGGCGGUGGACCAUCGGCGAUUCGUACAUCGAGGCCAUGCAGCAGCCGCAUGUGCAUCUAGUUCAGGAUCAUGUCGCUAGCCUGACUGAGACUGGCGUGCGGACGUGCUCAGGAGAGGAGUACGAUUGCGAUCUUGUCGUUUGCGUCACGGGCUUUGAGCCCUACGCCUCCCGCUUCCCAGUUAUCGGACGAGAUGGAAUUAGCUUGAAUGAUUGCUGGGGUCCACAAGGCGACUGUGAGAGCUACAUGGCAAGCAUGGUGGCUGGAUUUCCCAAUCUCUUUGCUUUCCAUCCACCUCAUUGCCCUGUGAACGGCUCUGUCAUCCCAGGCAUCAAACGGACGUCCGACUACAUCAUCCGGAUCCUGACGCGACUGCAGACUGACUGUCUCCGAUCAGUUAGUGUCAAGCCCGAAGCGCAGCACCAAUCUGUCCGCUGGGCUCAGUCCCGCAUGCCUCACAUGUCGUGGUCUGAUCCAUGCAGCUCAUGGUACAAGAACAAAGAAGGGCGAGUAGUGGUUCCAUGGCCGGGAACAAACCACCAUUACUAUGCCGCCACAGAAAUCAAUCCGACACAGAAGUAUGCGAGCUUUGGGAAUGGGGUGACAGAAGAUGGCUUUGCACCCGAGUUCAUCCCUUGGGUGCUGACACCUGAGGGGCAACAGGUAAGGAAUUGA